AUGGGCUUAUGUGAUGCCCUCUGUUUUCCACCGCUUCCGCUUAUAUACGUGUCCGCUUCUAUUAUCCAAAGCGAUACGUGUCCGAUGCUUCCACCGCUCCAUCUCUUUCUUCUUUCCGAACCUUCCACCACCGCUCCAGGUAAGUUUCAAGGAUGUCCAACCGGGGGUAUGCCAGGGGUCAAAUUAGGGUCCAUGAAUUAUAGAUUUAUGAAAUUGCCUGAUCGGCGAUUAGGCCUUGCAAUUGAGUUUCGUCCGAUUCUCCACCUCCCAGAAACUUCUCUCGCUGAAUGUCUGCUUCCGAGCUCUGUACAUCGUGCUUUUGUUAAUUUGACGGAGGAGGAACGCCAUAAACAGCAAAUCCAUUCCAUCAGGAGAGGGAAGCUUCUUUGAAUGGAACUUUAUCUGAUAUUAAUCAAUGGGUUGAUGGAUUCACAGAUGAUACUCCUGCAUCUGGACCUGCUUAAGAGGGUCUGGAUCAAUCUUCAGAGGGUUGGCUAGAUAAUUGUCUAAUAAAUGAUACAGAGAUGCAUUUAUGUGUUGGUGAGCUAAUGUAUUGGGAGAAAAACGGAGGCGGUGUUUGCAACUUAUGAUCCAGCUCACGGAAUAUAGGCUAAAGAUUUUUUACAAAUAUAUAAUGUGUCAGUAGAAUUUGAUACUUGAACACAGAAGGCACAUUGCAUUUCAACAUGCGGCCAUAAUGUGGAGAAUGCGGAGGACGGUGGUAUCAUAUUUGUAUGGAUUCAUGAACCAGUUUAUGAGGGAAGAAAUGGGAAUGGCACACCUGAAAGACAACCUAUGACUCCACAUUCCCUAACAAAAAUGGGUUGUAGAGAGCGUACAACAUGCUGUCAAGGAAAUCAUAAAUUAUCCAAAUAAAGAAUCUUGAAACAGGUCUUUCCCGUUAGGUCCAGGUGCAAACGCCUCCCAUAAUUCAAUUAUGGAUACACCAAAACUCAUCGACUUAAAGCACGAAUCACUAGACAUGGAAUCUGAAAUGAGUCAAUAGUAUAACCAUGUCUCCAAGGGUAUAGAUGUCAAAGAGCAAGACUACACCAACAGAAAGUGUCGCCAAAACUUUACAUUAUAUACAUUGAUGAAAAAUGAGGGUCUAUUUUUUUUAUGUGAAAUUCAAGUUUGUAUUUAGUUGAAAAAGAAAUGGUUUUUCCGUUUGUGUUUUUUGUUUAUUUCUUUUUCUGUUAUUGCUAUCUUCAUUU